CUCGCUGGAGAGACUUUAGUCAACAUUCUGGAAACUUCCCGCCGCCUUUUUAGGAUGACGCCGCGCGUGCGCAUCCUCGCGCAUCUUCCCCGGCGCUUUUAUUUUGGAAUUUAGAAAACAUUCCUCGAAGCUUCUUUCGUGUCACUUAAUGACGCAUUAGAGCGAGAGUUUUUAAUUUAAAACAAAAAAAGACUUUUUAAAAGGGAGGACUUCAUGGCGAUGGUGGCGUGGAGGAACCCCGCGGAGGGCACGCUGUCCUCCCCGGUGUCGCUGGAGGCCUGCAGCGUUAACCCGCCCGGGAGCGUCUCCAUCAUGUCUGACGUGUCGUCCAACACCACCAGCUCGUCCUCGUCCAUGUCGUCCACGUCCACGUCCAUGUCGUCCGACAAGCAGUCGCUGGCCGCCGUGGAGUGCAUCGUGUGCGGCGACAAGUCUAGCGGCAAACAUUACGGCCAGUUCACCUGCGAGGGCUGCAAGAGUUUCUUCAAGCGCUCCGUGCGCAGGAACCUCAACUACACCUGCCGCGCCACCCGCACCUGUCCCGUGGACCAGCACCACCGCAACCAGUGCCAGUACUGCCGCCUCAAGAAAUGCCUCAAAGUCGGCAUGAGGAGGGAAGCCGUGCAGAGAGGCCGCAUGCCCGCGCAGGCGUACCACGGGCAGUUGUCGCUGAGCGGCGGGGACCCCCUGCAGUGCCACCACGCCUACCUGUCGGGCUACAUCUCGCUGCUGCUGCGGGCCGAGCCUUACGCCGCGUCCGCGUCGCGCUACGGCGCGCACGCGCAGUGCCUGGCGGCGGCGGGCGGCGGCGGCAACAUGGCGGGCAUCGAGAACAUCUGCGAGCUGGCGGCGCGCAUGCUCUUCAGCGCCGUGGAGUGGGCGCGCCACAUCCCCUUCUUCCCCGACCUGCAGGUGUGCGACCAGGUGGCGCUGCUGCGCCUCACCUGGAGCGAACUGUUCGUGCUGAACGCCGCGCAGUGCGCCAUGCCCGUGCACGUGGCGCCGCUGCUGGCCGCCGCCGGCCUGCACGCCUCGCCCAUGUCCGCCGAGCGCGUGGUGGCCUUCGUGGACCACAUCCGGGUCUUCCAGGAGCAGGUGGAGAAGCUGAAGGUGCUGCACGUGGACUCGGCGGAGUACAGCUGCAUCAAGGCCAUCGCGCUCUUCACCACCGACGCCUGCGGUCUGUCGGACGUGAGCCACGUGGAGGGUCUGCAGGAGAAGUCCCAGUGCGCCCUGGAGGAGUACGUCAGGAGCCAGUACCCCAACCAGCCCACCCGCUUUGGCAAGCUGCUGCUUCGCCUACCGUCUCUGCGCUCCGUCUCGUCCUCCGUCAUCGAGCAGCUCUUCUUCGUGCGCCUGGUGGGCAAGACCCCCAUCGAGACCCUGAUCCGGGACAUGCUGCUGUCGGGGAGCAGCUUCAACUGGCCUUACAUGCCCAUGCAGUAGGGGGGUUUUCAACCUUUUUACUGGCAACCUUUGCUUUCUGCCAGACUAUUGAGAUUAUUGUGGACAUUUUUGCCGUGUGGAAUAACAAAACAAUAUUUAUUGUGUGAAUAUUUAUCACGUUUACUACGUUUUUUUAUCGACGGAAAAAAAGGCAGCAGGGCUUUUUUUCCCCUUUUUGUGUUUUGUUUUUGUGAUGCUUUUAUACUUGCACUUUUUUGGGGGAUAAAAAAAGGAACAUUUAACGCAAACGCCCAGGAAAAGCACACUAAAGCGUCAACAACAACAACAACAAGAAGAAGACACUGCAUGAGUCAUGGAUGAACAUAUGCCACAGUAAAGUCAUUACUUGAUCAUUUAUUAUAUUUCCCUCCGCUCUUUCCAGGCCCGGCCCUAACCAAUCUGGCGCCCUAGGCAAGAUUUUAGGUGGCGCCCCCCCACAUCGGCAGUGAAGUGUAUAUACUCACAAGAAACCGAAUAGCUUUGUCUUUGAUUUUUUUUUUUUUUUUACUUACAACUAUACCUAAUAUAUAAAGGGGUGGAAAAGUGACUAUUACCUGCAGGGCAAACAUUAGCUAACCAGAAGGCAAUAACAAUGUAAACAAAAAACAGCUGCUUAAAAGAUCUAAUACAAAUGUCCCUGAGGAAUGUAAGGUGGGAGUACUGUAAUUACCUAACGUUACAUUAUUAUUUUCCAUAACAAUUUAGCCCCCUCCACAAUAUUAACCCGACGUUAAAACAGAACUAGCUAUUUAUUGAUUAGCAAUUGCCGAAUCAUGUGACAUUAGCUUAAUGCUAAAAAGCCGGGUACUAAUCACAUUCUGUAACAGACAAAUAAUUUCAUGUUCGGCUCACCUACCUGCUACCUCUGUCUUUUCUCGUUUCUCCUCCUCUUCUUUUCUCUUUUUUCUUCCCUGGGCACCUGACAGUUUUGGCCGUUUUGACAUCUUGUGUUGAUUUUUUGAUGUGGUGACGUCCACAAAGAGUCAUGAUACGGGAAGGGAGGGGGCGCACCGUGCGGGGGGUAAUGUUGUAACAAAUAAUAUUUCUAUUAAAUAGGCUUUACUUUGCAUUUUAAUUAACGUGGGAUUAUUUUUUGUAUUUAGAAAUAAUAGUACCAACUUUUUCUUUUUUUUUCUCCAACAUUUGUGGCACUGGCGUGGCGCCCCCUGAUGGACGGCGCCCUUAGAAUUUGCCUAUACGGCCUAUGCCACGGGCCGGCCCUGGCUCUUUCCGUGACCUGUAAAGAACAUUUUAAUACAAAAAAAAAAUGUUCUUUAUGCGUUUAAAUUUGUAGGGGGGAAAAAAAAAAUGCAAAUUGUAUUAUUUUUUUAUUACUAAAAUGUAUUUCUUAGCCAAUUCUAAUUUAAAUCAAUAUAAUUAUUGUAGGUUUAAUUUUUUUUGUAGUAGUAAAAUUACUACAUGAAAAUUGACCAAUCAUUACUAUUAAAUUUUCCAGAAAUGAGUAAGAUACAGUUUUAUUUGGUAUUAUGAAAAAAAAGAACCUAUCAUAAUUAUUAUUGACGUACAUUUAAAAAUAUCAACGCAUCAAAGACUUCAGCAAUAAAUACAAGUAUUGACAUUACUGCUCGUGCAUUACCCAGGUGUGUGUGUGUGUGUGUGUGUGUGUGUGUGUGU